CAUGCUCAGAGGCGGGUAUCUCAGAGACUGCUCCACUCAGCUAGGAGAUGUCUUCACCCAACUGUUCCAAGCCCUUCUUUCUCCAUACUUCAUUCUACACUCCAGGCUUUUGAAGAAAGAUGCCUGGAGCUGAACAUCAACAAGACCGAAGAGCUGUGUUGUAGGAGCAUGGGGAAACUGGACUCACCCCACCCAAUUUUUGAACCUAUCAGGCUGGACGGUCAGUUGGUGGAGCAGGUGGACACUUUUAAAUACCUGGGGACAGAAUUAGACACCUUUCUCUCCUUCUCAGCAUGCUGACUCGGUGUAAAAAAAUGCAAUGAGUUAUUGCACCAAGGUCUUAGAUCAAUGGAAGAAUCUUGAAACCUGAGUAAUUAUGCCCAUGUUCUGCUGCUGGUGGUUAUUGCCUUUGCAUUUCUGAAAUGUAUCCUGGUGCUAGAAGAGACUUUAACUUUGAAACCAGAGGGUCCCCUGGAUCCAUUGGGACAACAGCCAUGUGGCCUCCAGGGUCCACCCAGGAUGAGACAAGGGGACAGCCCAAUCAGCCAAAAUCUCUCAUGGUCGUCCAUUCCACACCAUCGGGGGAGAAAAUUCAAUGCGAGAGCUACUUAAUAAAUAAAAACACAGAGUUCUCACUUCCUCUCCCAGACAUCAUGCCAGGAGCUUUUCCUGAGCUUGCUACAGCCAAGCGGCACCAUAAAAGUAUAACAGACAUUCCUUAUCGUGGAAGCAUUUGCUUGCUCCCUCCUCCCCUUGGUUUCACAGAUAGAGAGCAAGCCUUUUUGCGCCGCUGCUCACUGAGAGAGACCAACACGGUUUCACGGUACCCUCGCCAUGCCCUCAGUGUGCCUAAUAUGGAGAGUCCUAGCUCCCUUCAUGUCAUUAACAACAGUCCUCUUCAUAGUACCCCGCUCUCACCUGUGCACAGCAACAUGUCAAGCCCUGCUAGAGAGAUAGACAGCCUGGCCAAGGCCCGGAGUAAACUUCUGGAGAGUGACUGUGACCAAACCCCCACCAUUCCUGCAGAAACCAGGGAGCAACUUCGCUACAUCUCCAAGGAUGGAAAGUGUCGUGUCAACCUGUGUCACAUUUCUGAGAGGGGCCGUUUCCUGUCUGACAUCUUUACCUCUUUUGUGGACCUUCAGUACCGCUGGUUUCUAUUCGUAUUCAUGAUGUGCUACAUCACCACCUGGUUAUUGUUUGCUGGACUGUAUUUCUUGAAUGCUUCCUUCCGAGGUGAUGUAGGACAAGAGCGACCCGUCAGCAUCACUAAAGACCAUCUCCUUGACCAAAGGCCCUGCUACUUAGGUGUUGAUGGCUUCAUCUCAGCUCUACUCUUCUCUGUGGAGACGCAGCGCACCAUUGGUUAUGGGUCACGCACUGUGUCCCCUACCUGCCAUGAGGGUGUGCUGCUGGUCAUGAUGCAGUGUAUUAUAGGGUCCAUGAUAGAUGCUCUAAUGGUGGGUUGCAUGUUUGUCAAAAUAUCUCGACCUAAAAAGCGGGCUGAGACACUUCUUUUUAGUCGCACUUGUGUUAUCGCCAACCGUGAUGAUCAGCUAUGUUUAAUGUUCCGGCUGGGGGACCUGAGAGAAAGCCACAUGGUGGAUGCUAAGGUCCGUGCAAAGUUAAUUAAGUCCCGACAAACAACUGAGGGUGAGUUCCUGCCACUUGAGCAGACAGAGAUUGACCUUGGUUAUGAAACAGGGUCAGACCGACUCUUUCUGGUAGAGCCUCAAGUCAUCCAGCACAACAUUGACUCCAAUAGUCCACUCUGGGAAUUUGGCCCCGAACAGCUUAGACGACAACAGUUUGAGAUAAUUGUUAUCUUGGAAGGAAUUGUUGAGGCCACAGGCAUGAUGUGUCAAGCCAAGACAUCCUAUAUUGAAACAGAGAUUGAGUGGGGUGCUCGCUUUGAACCCUGCAUGACACUGGAGAAGGGCUCGUUCAGAGUCGACCUGCGUCGGUUCCACACCACCUACCAGGUACCGUUACCACACUGCAGUGCCAGCCAGGCGCACCAGUUAAUGGUUCUGACUGACUGUAAACUUCAAGACUCCAAAGCCUGCAGAGACUGGAGAAUUUUAGCAGAAGAAAAGACAGAUGAAGACAAAGACAAGCAACCAGCACAUGGAGGAUACACUAUUGAUAAUAUUCAGGAGGAGAGAGUAUCUGAAGGGAAUGAGUGUGAAGGGAGUGCAGAAAAAGGCUUGCCAUGACAGCAGUUGAUACACGACUUUCUACAACAAGAUUAAAUGUAGUCUAUUUAUCUUUAUUAUUGUAUUCAUGGUGAAUUAAUGUAUCAAAAAGGAACUUAAGCCUUUUUCACAGAAGAUAUUUUGACAUAUCACAGUAGGAAAAGCACAGUUUUCAAUAAAAGUAAUGAUGGCUGAAUUCCAUUUAGCUGCUUCAUCUUCAGGGUCACUUUUACGUAGUGGGACACUUAAAAAUUAUCAAGCCAUUGUUGCCAAAUGAGAUGUUAAAUGUAACAUCUGUGCUUUUCCUUCUACGACAAGUCCAAAUUUCUACUGCAAAAAGGGUCCAUUUACUCAUCAAAGGUAAGAUGUGUCACAUAUUGAACAUGUGUCGUCAAAGAAACCCCAACACACUCCAGCAAAACAAUCAGAAACCACACCUGUAUUGAUGUCUCAUGUCUAUUAUUAUUACUAUUAUUAUUAUUAUUGUUGUUGUUGUUGUUGUUGUU